CCGGCUUCACAGCGAAUGAAGUGGAGGAAAGACUCCGGCCUACAGGACGGCCAUGACCUUAAUGUGGAUCUGGUGGGAGGUUACUAUGAUGCUGGUGACAACGUGAAAUAUAACUUCCCGAUGGCAUUCUCGACGACAAUGUUGGCAUGGGGCGUAUUGGAGUUCGGAGGCUUUAUGAGUUCAGAACUAAAACAUACAGAGGAAGCAAUUCGAUGGGCAACGGAUUACUUGCUGAAAUCCACGCAAACUCCCGACGUGAUUUAUGUUCAAGUGGGGAACCCUUACGACGACCAUGAUUGUUGGGAGAGGCCUGAGGACAUGGACACACCUCGAACCGUUUAUUCUAUUACUAAACACCGCCCUGGUUCAGAGGUUGCAGGAGAGACGGCAGCGGCGCUUGCUGCUUCUUCCAUUGUUUUUAGAUCGUCAGAUCCUUCUUACUCACUCAGGCUUCUGAACAGGGCGAAAGAGGUUUUCCGUUUUGCAAACAUGUACCAGGGAUCAUAUAACGAUAGCCUUGGCAAAUGGGUUUGCCCUUUUUAUUGUAAUUGGAGUGGAUACAAGGAUGAGUUGGUCUGGGCAGCUGCAUGGUUACAAAGGGCUACCAACCAUAGAUAUUACUGGAAAUAUAUAAAGAAGAGCCUAGCUUAUUUUGAACCGGGUUAUCAAGCUAAAGGCAAUUCUUACGUUCAGAUAGCUGAUAACACUGGAGAAUUUGGUUGGGACAAUAAGCAUGCUGGUAUCAAUGUUCUCGUAGCAGAUACAUUUCCAUCAAGGAUCGAAGCCAAUGAUGUCGAACUGUUCCAUUUCAGUGCUGACAAAUUUGUUUGCACUGUUCUUCCCGAAUCACCAACGAAAGGCGUCCAAUACUCACCAGGUGGGCUUCUAUUCAAACCAGGAGGAAGCAACAUGCAGCACGUAACAGCUCUGUCAUUCCUUAUCCUUGUUUAUGCUCAGAAACUCAGUGCCAACAAGAGAGUUGUUCGAUGUCAAGACAAGGUUACCGAUCCAAACAGGCUCAUAGAGCUGGCUAAAAGCCAGGUGGAUUACAUACUGGGACACAAUCCUUUGAAUAUGUCCUACAUGGUGGGAUAUGGGAAUAAGUUUCCACAGAGGAUUCAUCAUCGAGGUUCUUCAUUGCCGUCGGUUGAUGCACACCCAGGACACAUCGGAUGCAAGGAUGGGACUCCAUAUUUUGCAAGCAAGGAUUCCAAUCCUAAUGUGUUGAUAGGGGCUGUAGUUGGAGGACCUCAACCUGAUGAUUCAUACCCUGACGAUAGAGCCCAAUUUCAAGGAUCAGAGCCCACUACAUAUAUUAAUGCGCCUCUUGUGGGUCUAUUAGCCUACUUCAGUUCUCAUCCGAUGAAUUAA